UGAGGACCUCGCGGUACAUGGUUUGGAAACAGUACGAGGAAUUACAACAAAACAUUCUAGAUUAAAUACUGCUGUUUGCAUACAGGUAUUGCCUUGUUAUACACGCUGUAUUUACAAGCGAUUGGAAAAUACAGAACUGAAUUCAUGUUUAACUGAGUCAUUCAUUCACACAUUGGGUGUUUUCCAAACGGCAUUUUUGCGCCCUUGAAGUGCACUUCGGGAAGGGGACGCCACUCGAAGAGUCGUUCCAAACAAAAAGCUCAUCAACAUGGAGACGGAUCUUUAUGAUGAGUUCGGGAACUACAUCGGACCGGAACUGGACUCUGAUGAAGAUGAUGAAUUAGAGGCAGAGGACCGAGACGCUGAUGAGGCAGAUGAGGAAGACGAUGAUGAAGACCAGGUUGAUGGCGAUGAGGACGUUGGUGGUAUGGAGGUGGUUCUGCAUGAGGAUAAAAAGUAUUAUCCCACAGCAGAAGAGGUUUAUGGUCCUGAAGUGGAGACCAUUGUCCAAGAGGAAGACACACAGCCACUUACAGUGCCCAUCAUAAAACCUGUAAAGACAAAGCAGUUUACUCUGAUGGAGCAGGAGCUUCCAACCACAGUCUAUGACAUGGAGUUUCUAGCUGAUUUGAUGGACAGCCCAGAGCUGAUCAGAAAUGUCACUUUAUGUGGACACUUGCAUCAUGGCAAGACUUGCUUUGUGGACUGCCUUAUUGAACAGACUCAUCCUGAAAUCCGCAAGAGAGACGACGCUGAUUUACGGUACACAGACAUCCUUUUCACAGAGCAAGAGAGAGGAGUUGGCAUCAAGAGCACUCCUGUUACCAUGGUGCUGCCUGACUCACGGGGCAAAUCUUACCUAUUCAACAUCAUGGACACACCAGGUCAUGUAAAUUUCUCUGAUGAGGUGACCUCUGCAGUCAGACUGUCCGAUGGCAUCGUACUUUUUAUCGAUGCAGCUGAGGGGGUGAUGCUGAACACUGAGCGACUGAUCAAACACGCAGUGCAGGAGAGGUUGGCCAUUACUAUUUGUAUUAAUAAAGUGGACCGUCUGAUUGUAGAGCUGAAGCUGCCCCCUACUGACGCCUAUUACAAACUGCGCCACAUAGUGGAUGAGGUCAACGGGUUGCUAAGCACAUACUCCACUGAUGAGUCUUUGAUUGUGUCUCCUCUGCUGGGAAAUGUGUGUUUUGCCUCCUCGCAGUACAGCAUCUGCUUUACUCUUGGCUCCUUUGCUAAAAUCUAUGCAGACACCUAUGGUGACAUUCAUUACAUGGAGUUUGCUAAGAGACUGUGGGGAGACAUUUACUUCAACCCCAAAACGAGGAAAUUCACAAAGAAAGCCCCCAACAGCAACUCUCAGCGCAGCUUUGUUGAGUUCGUACUGGAGCCGCUGUAUAAGAUUCUCUCACAGGUGGUUGGUGAUGUGGACACAUCUCUGCCACGGGUCUUAGAUGAGCUCGGUAUUCAUCUGACCAAAGAGGAGUUAAAGCUCAACAUCAGGCCUCUGCUGCGCCUCGUUUGUAACCGCUUCUUUGGGGAGUUUACAGGCUUUGUGGAUAUGUGUGUGCAACACAUACCGUCUCCUCAGGGGGGCUCCAAAGCCAAGAUAGAGCACAGCUACACAGGUGGACUGGACUCAGACCUUGGAGAGACGAUGGCUGAGUGUGACCCUGAUGGUCCAUUGAUGUGUCACACCACUAAGAUGUACAGCACAGAUGACGGUGUUCAGUUCCACGCAUUCGGACGAGUCCUGAGCGGGACCCUGCAGGCGGGCCAGCCUGUGAAGGUACUGGGAGAAAACUACACCCUGGAGGACGAGGAGGACUCACAGAUCUGCCCCGUCGGACGCCUGUGGAUCUCUGUCGCCAGAUAUCAGAUUGAGGUGAAUCGGGUUCCUGCUGGCAACUGGGUGCUAAUCGAGGGAUGUGACCAGCCUAUCGUUAAAACUGCCACAAUCACAGAGCCCCGUGGAAAUGAAGAGGUAGAGGAAUCAGGAGAACAUGUGAUUCUUGGCACAGGUGAGCUGUACCUGGACUGUGUGAUGCACGACCUGCGGAAAAUGUACUCCGAGAUUGACAUCAAGGUAGCAGAUCCGGUGGUGACCUUCUGUGAGACUGUGGUGGAGACCUCCUCCCUGAAGUGUUUUGCUGAAACUCCCAAUAAAAAGAAUAAGAUCACCAUGAUUGCUGAGCCGCUGGAGAAGGGUCUGGCUGAAGACAUUGAGAACGAGGUGGUGCAAAUCACAUGGAACAGAAAAAAGUUGGGAGAGUUUUUCCAGACCAAGUAUGACUGGGAUUUGCUGGCAGCUCGUUCCAUUUGGGCUUUUGGACCUGAUACGACUGGGCCCAACAUCUUGGUAGACGACACUUUGCCCUCUGAGGUAGAUAAAGCUCUUCUCGGCUCAGUGAAGGACAGCAUUGUACAGGGCUUCCAGUGGGGCACACGAGAGGGUCCUUUAUGUGAUGAGCCAAUCCGGAAUGUGAAGUUUAAGAUCCUGGAUGCUGUGAUUGCACAAGAACCGUUGCACAGAGGAGGAGGACAGGUCAUCCCUACAGCUCGUAGAGUCGUCUACUCUGCCUUCCUCAUGGCCACACCCAGGCUAAUGGAGCCCUAUUACUUUGUAGAGGUUCAGGCUCCUGCUGACUGUGUUUCGGCUGUCUACACUGUGCUGGCACGCAGAAGAGGUCAUGUGACGCAGGAUGCCCCAAUCCCAGGCUCUCCUCUCUAUACCAUCAAAGCUUUCAUUCCUGCUAUUGACUCAUUUGGCUUUGAGACUGAUCUUCGCACACACACACAGGGCCAGGUCUUCGCACUCAGUGUGUUCCACCACUGGCAGAUUGUUCCGGGUGAUCCUCUGGAUAAGAGCAUUGUGAUUCGUCCUCUAGAGCCUCAGCCAGCCCCUCAUCUGGCCAGAGAGUUCAUGAUCAAAACCCGCAGGCGCAAGGGAUUGAGUGAGGACGUCAGUAUCAGUAAGUUCUUCGAUGACCCUAUGUUGUUGGAGCUGGCCAAACAGGAUGUGGUUCUCAACUACCCGAUGUGAUGAGUCAAAUGAACUUAAGUCUUUCCUUCAUUUCCUCCCAACUUCCCCUGCAAUUCUUCUACUUUGAAGGGAGGUUUCAAGUCCAGUUCUGUAUGAUGGAAUAAAAAUAUUUAAACCACAAGAAACUUUUAACAUCAGCACUGAUUCCUGUUGCGAUCACCCCAGACUCUCAGAAAUUAACCUCAAGGACAAGUCUCUUACAGUCUUGGUCUGUUUAUUUUUAUAUUUGACAAACAUUUUGUAGUAUAAGAUGAUGCGAAGGACAGGCAAGUCUUAAUGAAAUGCCUGAAAUCUCUGUAAAAUCUUACAUUUGUGUAAGUGCAAUUAAAAGGAUUUGGCCUGUAUAUCUGUGUUUGUUCAUUAUAAAUGUAUUCUUUAUGAUGGUUAAGUUCAUUGUCUGCGAGAAGUGGAUAUCCAUCAUAGUUUAUAAAGGCUCAAGUGUUGAGUACACUUAUGUGAAGGACCAGGGAUUUUUGAUAUUCAGUAUGAUCGUAUGCUCCAACUCUGGAAGCGAAAUUUGAACACCAGGAAAACUUUGAUAAUUCACUGAAUGCAGCAAAAAACUCAAGAUCAUGCAAAGGGGAAAAUAUGU